UCUCUCUCUGUCUCUCACCUUUAUACUUACCGCGAGGUGCUAUUGAUAGUCGUCGAUGCUAGUCGAUGCUAUGUACAGAGUCGCGAUUGCGAGACGCACGGACGAUCGAACGACGAAGGUGCAACCAAGUGCGUGAACAUGAAAGUGUGGUCGGACGACAAAGAUUUGGAUAGCGUGCUCGGACUCGUUGUCGACCCUUCUCUACCGUUGGAGGCACGUUGUUUUUGGCGCGUUUACUAAAUUCCAUGCGAGAAGAGAAGCGUCUACGUUCCGGUGUGUAUAUUUUAUGACUUGCCAAGCCGUAUCAGAUAAGUCGCGGUGCGAAGCAUGGCGAAAGAAGAAGGGGACGACGUGCUGCCGGACAAGGACGCGGCGAAGGGAUUCUACGCCAAGUACGAGCCCAAGGAGAUCCUAGGAAGGGGAAUAUCCUCCACUGUGAGAAGAUGCAUAGAAAAAGAAACAGGUAUAGAGUAUGCGGCUAAAAUUAUAGAUAUCAGUAAUGAAACUCAUGAGGAUGGAAUGAAGGAUGCCACUCUACAAGAAGUACAGAUACUUCGCAGGGUAGCUGGACAUCCAUAUAUUAUUGAAUUGCACGAUGUCUUUGAGUCUAAUACAUUUAUAUUUUUAAUUUUUGAACUAUGCAAAAAUGGAGAACUAUUUGAUUAUCUCACAUCUGUCGUGACGCUUUCUGAAAAAAAGACACGGUAUAUCAUGAGGCAAGUAUUUGAGGGACUCCAACAUAUACACAAUCAAGGGAUAGUGCAUAGAGAUUUAAAACCUGAGAAUAUAUUGCUCGAUGAUAACUUGAAUGUAAAAAUAACAGAUUUUGGUUUUGCCAAAGUGUUGAAGCCUGGAGAGAAAUUGUACGAUCUUUGUGGUACACCUGGUUACUUGGCACCAGAAGUAUUAAAAUGUAAUAUGUUUGAGACUGCAGAAAGUUAUGGAUUUGAAGUUGACAUAUGGGCCUGUGGUGUAAUUAUAUUUACACUAUUAGUAGGCAGUCCUCCAUUCUGGCAUCGAAAGCAAAUGGUUAUGCUUAGAAAUAUAAUGGAAGGAAAAUAUUCAUUCACAUCUCCUGAAUGGGCUGAUAUAACAGAGGCUCCAAAGGAUUUAAUAAGGAAAUUGUUGGUUGUUGAUCCUAGGAAAAGAAUUUCUAUAAAAGAUGCACUAGAACAUUCUUUCUUCCAUACUGUUCUAUGGGAUCAAGACAUCGCUCCUCUAAAACGUUCUCUAUCGUCUAACUCGCGACGUCUGAGUAGGAUAUCUCAGUUAGCUUUGGAAUUGAAGGCCAAGUCGUUUAAUGCACGGAAAAGAUUCCAGCUAGCAAUUAUUUGUGUACGAGCUGUUAUUCGCAUCAAACGACUCCAUAGUACACCAGAACCACUUUCGACACAGAUAGUUUGUACCGAUCCGUAUAGAAUAAAAGUUUUGCGAAAGGUAAUCGACGGCUGUGCGUUCCGGGUCUAUGGACAUUGGGUAAAGAAGGGCGAAGGUCAGAACCGCGCGGCUCUCUUUGAAAAUACACCAAAGACAGAAUUGAAGCAUCUAUACGUUAGUAACUUAAGUAGAUAACUAUUACUUUGCUAAAUCGUUCUAGUUAAAUUUUACCGCAAAUCGGAAUCUCCAUGGUCGAAUGUUCUAAUGAAAUAUGUUAGACAAAUUUUUAUCGUUACGACAUUACGAUUAGGUAACUAUUGAUCAAAUUGUUCAGCAUUGUUCAGCAAAUUUAUACUCAUAAAUUAGUGUUGAUAUUAGUACAAACAAUCGGUAUAUAUGUCAACACAAACUAAAAUUAUGAAGAAUUAAUUUCUACACGAAAUAUUUGAACACAAAAGAGCAAAAUGUAACAUUUCUCUUGUACUAUAUUUUUAAAUAUAUUUAAGGAAUCACAUUGUCACUAUACAUUUGCAAUCACAUUUUUUCAUUGGAAUAGGAUCAGCGUAUUUAUAUAUAUAUAUAGUUAUCGG